UUUCCCCGCGUUCUGAGGUUCUGAGGCCACUCUCCUAACCUGGGAACCCCUUGCCUGUCGGUCCCCCACAUCUGCACCCGCCGAGGAGGCGAAACGGGACCGUCCGUAUAAGAAGAGAUUUCACAAUCCAAAAUGGACGUUCUCGAGAUCGUUGAUCAUCAUGAGCCGAACCGACCAUUCCAGUGCGAUUGGGAGCGCUGUGGCAAGAGCUUUAACCGCAAGUCAGACUUGCAGAGGCAUUACCGGAUACACACAAACGAGCGGCCGUUCUCAUGUAGCCACGCAGGAUGCGGCAAAAGCUUUAUCCAGAGGAGCGCCCUGACCGUACAUACACGAACCCAUACCGGCGAGAAGCCGCACCAAUGUCAGCAUAACGGGUGUGGAAAGCGGUUCUCAGAUUCCUCGAGCUUAGCAAGGCAUCGGCGAAUCCACACGGGCAAGCGCCCUUAUAAGUGUGCCCACGAUGGCUGUUCUAGGAGUUUCUGCAGGAAAACGACCAUGGUUAAGCACCAUAAGCGGUCACAUCAACGCGGCGUACACUUGUCUGAGUUGGAAGAUAGCAUGUCCGACUCGGGUGCCGAUGAUUCGCCGUCAACACCCAAGAGCCAUGCCACGAUGUCGUGGCCGGCACCUCUUCUGCCCAUGAUGGCGCAUCCCGGCCAUCAACUCCAACGAGCCAACUCUACGGGUGACUUCGGCCAGCACAUGAACGGCUACAACUUGCAGCAGCAGUACAGCCACCGGCAUAGCUUGUCGGGAGGCGUCGCAGAGUACCACGGGCCUCACGGUCAGCCGCCGUACCAAGACCAAUCUCAGCAGCCACUGCUCCAGCGGACAGCUAGUCUGCCACAACACUUCUUUGUGACAGACCAGCAUAAUCCGACCGUGGCGACUAUGAGCACUAAUCCUCAUCCUCCGGUUCAGCACGGGCAGUACCAGCAAAUACCCCGGCAAGGCGUAGAACGGCUUCCACUUGAGAUUCCGUACCAAAACGGCUCUGGCCUAACGGGGGGGUUACAAAGCAGCCCAAGCAGCUUCUCCCCCCUAUCAGGGAGGAGUCCGUCGGCGCAGGAGGGGGGCUUUUACACCCACACGCCUCCCACGCAGGCAACAGCAUAUACGCUGCACGCCACCAGCCCUGUUGAGCAACAACAGCAGCAGAUGGUGAGCUUCCAGAGCCAGCUCCAACCCUCCCAGGUGGCGGCCGCGGCCGCAGCGGCGCAACUCAUGGCCCAGCCGAGGACGGCGGAACCUCUGCAACACCAGCAACCACCGGCACACCAAGCCGGGCCACCACAGUCCUCCCCGCCAGAAGCAUACCAACAAGCGCCGCAUACCCAGCCGCCGGAGCAGCAGCAGUGGUAUAGUGGCGUCUACCAGCCCCCGGCUGAGGUGCCCACCAUCGGUUCGUUGCCCGCGUACGGCGUCGGUCCGUAUGACCUCUGGGCGGUCAAGCUCGAUGUCGAUGAUCCGUCGAUGCAGAUGCCUAGCGCUCGUAUUGAUGCCAUGUAGGCGGCUGCUGCGGCUGCUGGGGCUGCCAUCUUUGCAAGGGCUGCUUCCCCUCGGCCGUUCCAUCGCUUCGUUGGCGGUUGCUUCCCCCUCUUUUCCCUCUUGCAUUUAUAUGGUUGUUAAUGCAUUCACCCAAAAUACCCCCAUUUCCUCCUUGCAUCCAAACCAUCAUUUCUCCCUUCCGAGGACUCUUGUUGUUCACCCCUCCGAAAAGGGAGGGAAGAACGAGCAGCGACCAGUGUAUCAACAGCGAAUUUUCCUCUUUAUCGUUUUAUUACCCCUUUAAUUGGUAUUCCCAACGGGUCGGGUUGCAUGAAAAGAAAUCAUCUCCA